AUGUGCACGGUCAUUCAGUUGCUCCUCGAGGUCUCGUAUCCUGGACGCGUUGCGCACAGGAUCGCGCUCCUUGAGCUUCGCGCGUUCUGCCUCCAACUUUCGGAACUUCGUGUCCGUGUUAAGCGGGAGGAGGCCAAGGGGAACCCCCUCGGGGUCCUUGUCGAGGAAGACACGGUCGUUCUUCAGCUUCUCUUGAGCAAUUUCAUGCGCACGAUCGUUCAUCCGGUCGCGCAAGUCCUCGAUUGUUUCGGCGUUUCUUUUCGGGUCUUUCUUUAG